CCAGCACAAGAGCCUAGAGUAUGGAACGGAUGGUUACCCUUUGAUAUAAAGGGUGCCAAGCAGAUUCAUGAUGGAUUUGAAUAGAAACCGAAACAGGAUUCUGGGAACAAAGGGGAAUCUGAAAAUGGAGAAAUGGACCAGAAACGUCAAAGCGAACCGAAGAGGUCGGAAUUCCCGUUCCCUAUCUUCUGGUUGCCUUAUUACAAUAAACUGGAGGAGAGUGGAGAGACUAACAACCAGGAGAAGAACAAUUCUUCACCAAAAAUCGUUGAAGAGGUGCCUCAUGUAGUUAAAUCUGUUCCAGUAAAGUCUCAUUGUGAUGGGGGUAUGAACCGAACCAGAUCAGAUCAAGCUGCACGUCCAGAUACAAAUGCUUCAGAUGUUGCAGAGAAAGUGACUAAUGCCAGAAGCAUACCUGAAGCAGAUAGGAAAAAUGCUUCUCUAGAUCAAAUGGAAGAGAAUGUGGCAAAAAAGGAUUCCUCUACUGAUGACAAAAGGGGACAAUCUGCAUCUUUACCAAAAGCAUCAAAGUUACCUCCUGUUUGUCUGAGAGUUGAUCCACUACCAAGGAAGAAAAAUGGCAAUGGGAGUUCGAGGUCGAGGUCCCUCAGUCCACCUUCCUCAAAAGGACAGGCCCAAGUUACAUCUGGUGAAACAUUGAAGACUCCUGUGUCUGAAAACGACAAGACUAGCAAAAUUUGAAUUCAUCAAAAUGCUCCCAGGACCACUGAAAUUGAACCAAAGGAGAAAACCAUUCAGGAGUAUGAAUGUAAAACUAAUGAAAACAAGGGUGUUGACAAGACAGAUGAAUGUCAGAGCCAGAUCAAUGUAAACAUUCCAAGUGAAGGUUCCAAAAGGACAAAGGAUACCUGCACAGAUAGUGAUGAAUGCAAGAUUGAAGAUAAAGAGGCAGGAAAAGGAGCAGAAAAUAUGGAAGAAACUACUCAACUAGGGGAAGUGAAGGAUUCAAGCACUCUAACUGAUGUUGGUAGUAAAGAGGGAAAGAUCUUGUCAGAUGCAGAUGCUGCUGUUCUGAUACAAGCUGCAUAUCGCGGUUAUCAAGUUAGGAAAUGGGAGCCCUUGAAGAAACUCAAGCAAAUAGAUGAAGUCAGAAAGGAGGUGACUAAUGUUCAAGAUCGUGUUCAAGCUUUUGAGAGAUCUUCUGAUCUUCAAAAUGAUGAGAAGCAAAAAAUUGCAAUAGGAGAGAACAUAAUGAGACUCCUGCUGAAGUUGGAUACUAUACAGGGUUUGCAUCCAAAUUUAAGGGAGAUCAGAAAAUCCUUGGCUAGAGUGCUCACAAUGUUGCAAGAAAGGCUUGAUUCUUUAAUGGCUAAUAAACCUCAGCAGCAGAUGCAGGCUAUUCAGAAAGAUGUUGAAGUGACUCCAACGAACAUGCAGAAUGAAGAAAAACUUGCCUUGCCAGGAGAUUCAUCUGAAGGCAAUAGUGAUGGUGGAAAUGUAUCUCAGUCACCAGUUGAUCCUGUACCAAACGAGGGUGGAGAGUCUGUUAAAAAUGGUUCGUGGAGUGAGGAUACUAUACAAGUCGUUACAGCAGAUACAUUGAACUCUACGAGUAAUCUGUCUAAGACUGACAAAAUGGCUGUGGAAUCCGAAGACAAAUCAGAACCGAAAGACAUUCUCAUUGAGGUUGAUGAAUUGGAUAUGACUGUUGUGAAAGAAUUGCCAGUGGGAGUUCUUGAUGAAGAUAGCAAUGAUGCUAGUAUUGAGAAGGAAGAGGAGCACGAUAACACUGGUUCUGGAAGUGUAUCAGCCAUGGUGAAUGAUUCUGCACGAGAUGGACUAGGUUCAGAGAACCAUGCAAUGAUGGAACUUCCAGUGGNAUUUCUUUGCAGAAGCUCAUGA